UGUCUUUCAAGUCCCUCCCUCACCCAGCGUGUGUCGAGUCCCCAGUUCCCCCAAAUCCAGUUCCUCUCCCACAUCGAUCCAAUCACCAACCCUUGCCGUUCUGUUUUGUGGAAGAUCAUGGAGGUUACUGCUGGAGCGUUGAGCUCCCUCCUCCCAAAGCUCUAUGCCUUGCUGGCGGAGGAAUACAAGCUACUAAAGGGAACAAGACGCGAUGUCAUGUUCCUCGUAGAUGAGCUCCAGUCCAUUCAAGCGUUCAUCCUUCGGCAGAUGGAGGCGGAGCCUACUGAGGCUGAGGCGGCACUCCUAAGGGAUGCCCGGGAGCUGUCCUACGAUAUAGAGGACACCGUCGACAGCUUCUUGGUGCGUACCGAUGCCGAGCCUGGCUUGGAUCUGCGCGGGACCAAGCGACUCCUUGCCAAGCAAGCGAAUUUUUUUUGGAAGAUCAGAUUCCGCCGCGAGAUCGCCAAUAACAUCCAGGACAUCAAAUCGCGAGUGAAGGAAGUGGCCGAGAGGAUGCAGCGCUACUCUCGGCAGACUAAUGUCGGCAGACCCAACAAAGUCACCGUGGAUCCUCGUAUCACGGCGUUUGUGCAUGCUCAAACUCAAAGCCUUGUCGGCGUGGACCGUCCGCGGACUGAGCUCAUCAAGCUGCUCAUGAAGGGGGAGGAGGAGCCCGAGUCCGCAGCUCGGCUCAAGGUAAUAUCCAUUGUUGGAUCUGGAGGUCUUGGUAAGACGACCCUUGCUAAUGUUGUAUAUGAGCAAGCAAAAGUACACUUUGACUACGGGGUCUGGGUAUCCGUGUCCCCGGAGCCCGAUGUGAAGAAGAUUUUGAUGAACGUGCUUCACCAAUUUAAGUGGCCACGUACCAGUGGACACGACGGCGAGCUGGAUGAAAGGGGUCUCAUCGACAAUAUCAGAAAUUUUCUACAAGAUAAAAGGUACUUGGUUGUUAUGGAUGAUAUAUGGAGUUCACAUGCUUGGGAUAUCAUCAAAUAUGCUUUGCCUAUGAACAGUUUGGGGAGUAGAAUAAUUGUCACUACACGCAUUAACAGUGUUGCUGAAAAAUGUUGCCCACAUUGGAAUGACCAUAUCUAUAACAUUAAACCUCUCAGCCUAAAGGAAUCUAGGUUGUUGUUCCACACAAGGAUCUUUGGCUCUGAGAAGAAAUGUCCUCCAGACUUGUCGGAUGUCUCUGACAAAAUCUUGAACAAGUGUUGUGGUUUGCCACUAGCCGUAAUUACUAUGUCCAGUUUAUUAGCUUGUCAUCCACCUCAGAAGCCAAUAUGGGAGGACGUGUGUAGUUCUAUUGGUGCUACACCUGAAGGAAUGGAUGUAAUGAAAAGCAUAGUCCUCCGCAGUUACUAUGAUCUUCCUUCAUAUUUGAAAGUUUGCUUCUUGUACCUAAGUAUAUUUCCUGAGGAAUAUCCGAUCAAUCGUGAUCGUGUGGUGAGGAGUUGGAUAGCUGAAGGAUUCAUAUGUGCCAAACAUGGGAUCACUGAAGAGGAACUGGGAGAGAGUUGCUUUAAUGAGCUCAUCAAUAGAAAUAUGAUUCAUCCUGUUCAUGGCAGUGAUGAUGUUAAACCAGAGGCUUAUCUAAUUCAUGGUAUAAUGCAUGACCUCAUCAAGUCCAAAUCAAUUGAAGAGAAUUUUUUCAACUUAUUAGACAAUGGAAAGCAUGUACCUGUCUUACAUGGCAAAAUUCGUCGGUUAUCCAUAAUUAGCAAGGAUCAUUGCAUUCCAGAAUUAGAGGAUAACUCUCAUAUUCGCUCACUACAUAUCUUUGGCAGUGUGGGGCCCAAUCUUUCCUUUAAGCAUUUCCCUUGUUUGCGGGUAUUGGACCUGGAAGGUUGUAAGGAAUUGAUAGAUCAGAGCAUAGAGGAGAUUCCCUGGCUUCUCCAUUUAAGGUACUUGAGUCUCCGAUACACAAACAUCUGUAAACUCCCAGAUCGAAUUGGGCAGCUAAAAUUCCUGAAAACAUUAGACAUCCGUGGUACAAAAGUGCAAGAAUUGCCUAAAAGUAUUGUGCAACUACGAAUGCUGGCACAUCUACUUUGUGAUAAGAUCAGGUUUCCAAAGGGGAUAGGGGAGAUGGAAGCACUUUCUUGUUUGUCGCAGGUUGACAUUAUACAAAGCAAUAUAAUUGUUGUAAAGGAACUUGGUAAUCUGCCUAAACUGAGAGAGUUAGUGUUAUGUUGGGUUUCUGAAAUAGAAUCCAAUAACACUUUGACAAAUGAGCAUUUAGCCGUCUCACUAUACAGAUUGGAUAAGCUUGAGUCUCUGUAUAUACAUGGCAGUGAUUGUUCAGUGGAAUUUUUAGAUUGCUUGCGCUACCCUCUAAGGCAGUUGCGAAUGAUUCAGUUGAACAAAUGCUGCUAUCUUAACAGGAUCCCAGAAAGGUUCUCUGAGUUACUUCCAAGUCUUGCAUAUUUAUGCAUCGAUAUAAAAGAAGUAAAGAAUGAAGACUUACGGUUGCUCUCUGAAUCACCUUCACUUAUACAACUCUCUCUGUCAUCCAAAGCCAUGCCUACAGAAAAGCUUGUCAUCAGUAGCAAAGGAUUUCCAGUUCUUCAAAAGUUUCACUUGCAUUCUGCAAAGGAAGACCUAAAAUUUGAGCCACAGGCUAUGCAAAAACUUGAGGAGUUGGUUCUGUCAUUUCAAGUUCUGCCAGAGGAUUUUUCUAUCAGCAUUGGUCAGUUCACGUGCCUCAAGAAAAUUGAUAUCAGAAUCAAUGGCAAGGGCAUAGCUGCGUCACAGUUGUUCGAAUCCAUAGAUGUUGCUAUCAGGAAAUCUGCUGAUGAACAUCCAAACCAUCCCAUAGUUAACAUUACAGCACUGGGAAACUUGAUUGAUUAUGAAACCAUGGAGGAAAACUUGAUUGAUUAUGAAACCAUGGAGGAAAACUUGAUUGAUUAUGAAACCAUGGAGGAAAAUGUAAGGGAGGAAAAUCUGGAGCUGGGCAAAUUCAAAGGAGUUAAUCAGUUUCCAGCCCAUGUCGAGUGAUAUUCUACAAGGCUGAAGACUUAAAGAUUGAAGUCUGAAGUAGGAUGGUUUUUUGUACCGUGCUCCUUGCCUCCUUGGCACAAUCCUCUGUGCAACUGUUCAGCUUGGCUAUCCUUUUGGUGCAGCAAUCUUCCUUGUGGCACCAUGAGCGGAGCCGAUUUCAGCAGACAAUAAUACCCAUGAUUCCUGGGUGAACAACACUUCGCUAUCCUUAAAUCCACAGCAUACACUGAAUGUAAUCAGCGGUUUCAAUUCCACUUGUGUAAUAUUUGUGAUGUAUGAAAAGACACACUGCACUUCUAAGCGAUGUCCGUUUAUUUGUAAGACUAAACUGAGAUUGGCAUGUCAGAAUUGUCUUUGGUGAAGCAACUUAUUUUUGGAUUGAAUGUUAUCCAAUUACUUAGUAGGCAAAAA